AAUUGUCCACAUCUUCAAGAGAUGAUCGUUAAUAAACUUUCUAAGACUUCAAUACGAAUGUUAUCAGCCGACAUGAGUAGAACUCGAAAGCUGCCCAAGCCCAAUUAUGGUCCCGUGGACGUGCAGCGUUCGGUCCUCAUGAAUGGGAUGAAAGUGGCAGUAGCCAAACCUCUUGGAGGUCAGAUUGGUGCUUGCACAGUAAUGUAUCAGGCUGGCUCCCGAUAUGAAAAGGAUCAAUACCUAGGCGCUAGCCACUUUCUGCGUACCGCAUCUAGUGCCUCCAGCUGUGCCUUUUCUGCCUUCACCAAAAUGCGCUAUAUGGGCCAAAAAGGUGCUUCAAUUACCUGCACUAGUAACAGGCAAUCCAUAGCAUACACAUUGCGCUGUCCAGUCACUACCUUCCCAGAAAUGAAAUGUUUCCUACUGGAUACUGUUAUUAGAUGCUGCUUCAAAGAAUGGGAGAUGGACGACUUAAAACCCAUGGUCAGAGACGAUUUACACCGCAUUCAUCCAGAGAAACGUGUGUUGGAUUUGGCCCAAAAGGCUUGUUGGGGAGGACCUCUCAACAACUCUAUUUACUGCGAGCCAUCAAGGAUAGACAGUAUGAAUGGAGAGAUCCUCAACAACUAUACUGAAUGGAACUACAAGUCCGACCAUUGUUCAGUGGCUAGUGUCGGUGUUCCCUUUGAAGAGACCAUAAAAAUGGCGGAAGCUAUCGAGCCUAGACGAAUAAAGCCAGAAGCAAGGCGUGUCGAACCAUCAAUCCCGAGACGAGGGUUCGAGUUGUAUGACCUGGGGGCUAACAGCGACACCUGGAUAUGUGUGGUUGUGCCCGGGUGUGGAUCUCGAGACUUAACGAGCCUACUGAAUCACUCAAUAGUAGCACACGCUUGUGGAACAGGUAACAUGCAGGACGGGACACACGUAUUAGACCGCACACCGGAACAGCCACUCGGAUACAUGGCGGGAAAUGAUGUUUAUACCUCAUACAGAGCAUUCAAUUUAUCGUAUCAUGAUACUGGCGUUUUCGGUAUAAUAGCAAGAACUCGUGCCCCUACGGCUUGGAACGUAACAAAAGCAGCCGCACAAUUUUUGUGUAAUGUCGGAUGUCUCACCUAUAAACAGAUAGAAAUUGGUAAAAAGAGACUUAAAGUCAGUUUAGCAAUCCAUGAUGAUGACUGCGUGAGAGUGGCCGAGGGACUAGCACUACAGCUAGCCAACGGUUAUAUUGUGGACACCGCGAAAGACUCCAUGGCUAUGAUUGAUAACAUCUCUAUUGAAGAUAUAUCAAAGACUGCAAUGUCUUUGUCUCGUAAAUAUCGAGAUAUGGCUCUUGCUGUUGUAGAAUUCCGUCUUCUAAACCUCAACACGGCAUUAAAGACAAUUUCUGAAUGCAAGCCUAUUAUUCCUAAUGUAAAAGUUAAGAAUGACUUGGUUUGUAAACAAAAUGUCCUGUCAUUUGCACCACGGAGUGUUGGUGUUGAAAUAAUUGAUAGGCGGAAAUAUAAUGGGAUAAAACAGGACCCGAUACCUUACAUACCUAUUGUGAACCCUCGGUCCAUCCUCCCACUGCUGGACAAGGAGUGGAGGAAGGAUGAGAUAGGGCUGCCAUCUAUUCAGCAAGAUGAGAUCCAUGCUGCGAGGUUGAUUGUCAUUAGGAGGAAGAAGAUGAAGAAACAUCAGAGAAGGAAGCUGUGGAAGAAGAUGCGGUACACUUGGGCUAGGGUAAAGCAGCACCGUCGUCAAGCCAAAGAGAAGAAAUUCCAGAACUCUCUAUUGGCUAUGGUAAAGGAAGCAAAUGAGUUCCAAGCUGAGCAGUAUGUUGCUGACAAGAUCCAGAAGGCCAACCACACUCCGCUCCCAACUCGCUGGAAACACAAACGUUUGCCAGAGUUCCUCAUUCGACAACUGCUGGGUAUAGACAAGAAGAUUAACUAUAAGCACACCGAUGUUUACAAAGCUUGAUUAGUUUGUUCAAUUUAUGUAAUAUUAAAGUAGUUUUAUUUAAUUGGAGUUUAUUUAUGUAAUUAGUAGAUUCUUA